GGUCAGUAAUUGUCCUGCCCCUAUGAUACUAGUUUUGUUUGUAACCACAACACCACAUCUGACAUCUCUUAUUAAAGAUGGGGGAGAGGUUGCAAAGCCAAAAAAGCUAUGUUUGCUCUUUUUUUGACUGUAAAGCCACAUUCAGUAAGUCGUGGAAACUUGAGGCUCAUCUUUGCAAACACACAGGAUUGAAACCAUUCUCCUGUGACAACUGCGACAAGAGCUUUUGCACUCGUUAUCAACUCACCAGACAUGAGCUCAGUCACAGUGGGGAGAAACCACACAAGUGUCUGGCUGAUGGAUGCUCCGAGGCCUUUGUCACAAAUGCCAGCAUGAAGAACCACAUGGCUCGAGUUCACCAUCAUCAGGAGAAGCAAUACAAAUGUGCUCAUCAGGGCUGUGGGAAAGUUUUCAACAAGCGGAACCAGCUGAAAGCCCAUACCUGUGAACACCAGCAGAUCCUGCCUUUUCAUUGUUCUUUCAGUGGCUGCACGAGAGAAUUUCCCUCUCAUGGAAAACGAAAGCAUCAUGAGAAAGUGCACGCAGGUUAUCCUUGUGAGAAUGAAGCAUGUACUUUCAAGGGAAAAACAUGGACAGAAUAUCAGAAGCACAGAAAAGAACACAAAGUCAAGGUGCCGUGUGGAGUGUGUAAACAGCUGUUUAACAACACUUGGUUCGUGCACCAGCAUGAGCUGCGUGUCCACUCUGGGGAGAAUAAGAAGAAGCUGUCGUGCAGCAGAAAGGGCUGUGAUAAGAAGUUCACCCGCCGCUUUAACCUGGAAUGUCAUGUACUGGGAGACCAUGAGGGCAAGAAGCCCUUCAGCUGUGCGUAUGCUGGCUGUGGGAAGAGCUUUGCCAUGAAGGAAAGCCUGUGGCGACAUGGAGUGGUGCAUGAUCCAGCAAAGAAAAAGCUGACGAAACUGCAUCCUAAAAAGAAUCAGCCGUGGCGUCUGGCGCUGCGGGCCAAACAGGCAGCUGCAGCCAAUCAGGCGGAGACCAACAAGCUCGCUGCAAAGCUGCGCAAUACAACUUUAAAGAGUACCAAAUCUUGAGGCUGCACUAUUUAAAUCUGCUUGGUUGUUUUCAUUUAUGGUGAAGCAAGUUAUGAUUUUUCUGUUUUUGUUUCUGAAAUAAAGCUUCAUUAAUACAGCAA